UAUUUUGUGGAAAAAUCACCGGAAACGCAUUUCAUCUCACACGAGUUUUGUCAAUCGUGGGCAGCGGAAGUAAAGUUUGACACGAGUAUUUUUCAUGGUGUUUAGUCCGUGAUAGGGCGGGUUCUGGAGCUCUUGGAUGGUACCGUAGAACCGAACCGAGGACUGGUCUCUUUUUACCCCCAGAUCAGCUGCUGUCUGCCCGCUGCGUGAGCUCCGGAGGUCCGCGGACAGUGCCAUGGCCGUAGCCCGGGCGGACCUCAGAGCUCUGCCGCUGUACAAGGUGCCGUCCCCGGUCCAUUUUGAGUUCUGUCGGGUCAUGGAUGUGCUGUCGGACCGGGACUGGACUAACUUUGCAUCAGAGGUUCUUCAGGACCAGACCGCCGUGCGAUUGGCGGAGAGGGAAGAGCAGCGAACUCACUGGCUGAUGUUACGAUGGCAAAACAGGAACGGAACUGUGGGACAACUGCUGGACCUGCUACAGAGACUGGAGCUACUACGGCCCUGGGACAUUAUCAACAACUGGGUGUCAUCAGUGCCUCCUCCUGUGGUACAUCCUCUUCCUUCAGCGUCUGCUCCAGGAUUCAUUCCCUCCGUCCAGCCCUCAUGUCCCCCCAGCCAAUUAAAGAUGCCCAUGGUGUUACCAAAACCUGAGCCUCCAGAAAUUGAGAUGCCUUCAAUGGAGACACUGCCACAGCCUCUCUUGGACUCAGCGGCAGCAGUCUCUCUUGGAAUCUACACAUCAGGAGUCAUGUCCUGGGCUUAUGAAGAGGUGCAUGCUGGGACUUGUGGUUUCUGUGCCUCUCUGAAGAUUGGGGAAGGGGGCUUCGGAGAGGUCUUCAGAGCCAACCUGCGGAACAUGGACUGUGCUGUCAAAAAAAUCAAGCAGGAGUGUCCACUGGACUGGAGUCUGCUCAGAGACAGCUUUCAGACGGAAGUUGAGAAACUCUCAAAGUUCCGACACCCCAAUAUCGUUGAUCUUUUGGGCUACAGUGAUGGAGGAGGGACAUUGUGUCUCAUCUACAGCUUCAUGGAGAACAGAUCUCUGGAUGACCGACUACACUUGGAUGGUAUGGGCCUGUCUUGGUGUCAAAGAGUUUCCAUUGUUAAAGGAGCAGCCACUGCCCUGCAGUACCUCCACUGUCCUCCAGAGGGACAGACCCCUCUAGUGCAUGGAGAUGUCAAGAGCUCUAACAUUCUGAUGGACCACCAUUUCGAGGCAAAGUUGGCAGAUUUUGGUUUGGCCCGGUUCGCAUCUCGUGAUUCUUCAGGUCACACGGCGGCUCGGACCUGUUCCAUUGGUCAAACCCAAAUGGUGAGAGGGACUUUGGCCUAUCUGCCUGAAGAGUACAUACGAGAUGGUAAACUGAAGACUGAAGUGGACGUGUACAGUUUUGGAGUGGUUUUGUUGGAGAUUUUAACAGGCCGCAGAGCCCUAAAGAGCGACAAGAAAACAGGACAAGACAUCUACCUGAAGGAGUUGGUGAAUGACAUUGAGGAUACUGAAGCACAGUGGAGGAGACAACUGGACGAGCGCCUCAUCUCAUGUGGCCUUGCUGAGCCCAGCGGCUUUAUGCAGGUGGUGUCUUUGGCUCGCAGUUGUUUGGACAAAUGGAAGAAGAGGCCGUCCAUGAUAAAGGUUUAUAAGGCUCUGCACGACCUCCAUACAUCUCUGAAACCACCCGGCACAUCCCGGUUAUCUCUCCCCUCUGUCCUGCACCUGUCUGCCACAUCACCUCCUCCCCCAGGACCCCCCCGCUCACUGGACUCCUGUUUCUCUGCUCUGUCCCUCAGUAAAGCAGGCCCAUCAGAGCACACUUUCUGCCCCAAACAGAGCUCUCUGUCCCCACCACAGACUCUCCACUCCACUACAGUGACCCCCACAGAGCUCCCCUCUCACGGCUCCUCCUUGCCACCCUCUUCGUUUGACGGGCCCUGUGAGACUGAUGAGAGCAGAGGGUAUUCGCAGUACGAAAUCAAGUCCAAUGGUUUAGGCUCAAGCCAGCCCAAGUCUGACCUGAGUCGCUUUACCCAGCCCUCUGUGCCCACAGAGGAUCAGUACAACUUUUCUUCUGAAAUUAUGGGUCCAAUGGUGAACGAGGCAGCAGCAUUUCCAGAAGGCACCUCUCCGGCUGGAUCAUUGCAGUCACUCUCAGUUGUGUUGAAUCCCAGUAAACAGCGACUGCUGGAGAAGACCUCUCAGUACAACCAGGGCCUGAUUCGGACGCCUGAACUGCUCUCUGAGGAUCUCUAUUUGGUGAGGAGUCCAGCAGAGUCGAGGUUGCCAGAGGAGAGCGAUGAACUGGAAUAUCUUCAAUCCAAAACACAAUAAUAUUCCCAUCUCUGCCACAGUUCUGUUUAAAAACACUUGAGCAGAGCUGCCUUGAAUCCACCUUGAACUUGGACCAAAGAUGUGUGAUCUGUAAUUAAAUAGGUUACAUUAUCUAACUGUCUGGCUGUCUAGGGACCUCUCCUCUAGAGGGCAGUACAGUGCAGGUCAUGUUGGUUUGGAGUAGUAUAGGAGACCAAAGGCUAUUGUAUCAGUACUGUGAAUGUGAUUAUGUAUAGUACCUAACUAUGACAUAGGCAACAUGUAAUCAUCAUCAAACUUGUAUUACAGACUCUUGGUUUAGAGUUAAAAAAAGACACGACAAACACACUCAAACACAAUAUUCACAGCAAACUGCUGUGCCGGUGUCUCCAUAGGUCAGACUGGUACCUCGUGGUACUGAGUUUGCCAUCAGUUAGGCUCAUGAUAAUACUGUUCUCACAGUCAUUAAAGUGACAGAUAAAUCAGUGCAUUAAACAACGCAUAUUUGCCUGAAAAGUUCUGAUGCCUGUUGACACAAACAGGUUACAUGCACUUUCCUAUCUCUGCCUUUUCAAUAGAAUCCUUAAGCAGUCAUUACAUGCCACAGUGAGUUUGCGUAUGCUUGUCCUUUUGUACUUUGACCACAGGUGUGCCGUAUGUAAUGCAGUACAGUUUACUUUAAAAAGUGUCUUUUUUACUUCCACUGACCAGGCACCAAACCUGCACGUGAGCAUCUUAGCCUGUGCAUACAUCAUGUGACAUUAUCUGUAGAUGUCCUCAUCAUCUCACAUAUCAUCUGUGAUAAAAUGUCUCAAAUAUUUGUAUGUGUUACAUUUAGUCAAAGCAUUACCACACAAUACAAACUGAAGAAACUUUACAUAUUUAUCAUCCUUAGUUCUACAGACCAUUAUUAUUCUUUUACUGGCAUGAAAAGCCAAGAGUAAAUCUGGGAAUGUGGCACUGUGAAGCAGGAGGUAAAGCUGCAUGGACACUGGACAAUAAAUAAGACUCUACUACUUUCAAGCUAUAGUCAGAUAAUCUCCCCUCCGUAGCCAUUUAUCACAUAUUAAAUUGUGCCAAUGUGAGGGUUAGAUGAGUGGGUGAUUAAAGUAUUUCCACCUGUAAAAAAGGAAAAAAAAACAACAACUCUAAGUCUAAGAAUACAGCACUUAACAAAGCUGGACAACAGAAACAUAGUUACGAAAUCACAAAUAGGAAAGCUCACCUCCAGCUCCUCCUUCUCUACAGACUCCUUGAGGUUAAAUCAGUAGGUGCAUUUAUACUAGCAGUUGUAUAGGGAGGUACUUUUAUUGUUGUCAGUCUUAAUUGUUUAUUUAUUUUGUUAUGUUGGUCCAAUCAGUGCCUUUAUAAUUCUAUAGAAUUGAUUCUGAUGAGUAACAUAUUUUCGUGACACAUGUUAUGUACCCAACUAAGUAUUUGUAGUUUUUAUAUGGGAAAUUGAUCCAAAAUGAUUAUAUUUUUGAUGAACUGCAAUAAAGACUGUAAUUUUUCCAUUUUA